AUGUCACGUACAAUCAAAAACGUGGCUCUUGCCGGGGCCAGCGGAAACGUCGGAUCUCAUGUUCUCAGCGCCUUACUCGAACUGGAAUUCAACGUCACGGUGCUGAGUCGCAACUCCUCCAAAUCAUUUCCGGGUGCUGCGCGCGUACAGGUGGUCGACUUCACCUCCACGGAGUCCCUCAGCGCUGCUUUCGCCAACCAAGACGCCGUAAUCGACACGACCUUCUCUCCGGACACCGAAGCUCCACUGCGACUGAUCGACGCAGCAGUCCAAGCUGGGGUCUACCGCUUCGACUUUGGCCUCGACCCCAACCACCCCGAAGUCCACAACCUCCCCGUCUUCGCCCGCAAAAAAGCCGCCUAUGACUCCGUCAAGCGCCACGCCCACGCCACCCAACCCCCCUCGCUAACAUACACUUUAAUCGCCAACGGCAUCUUCCUCGACUGGAGUCUAUCCUCAGGGUUCGCGGGCUUCGACCUCUGCAACAAGAAAGCCACGCUCUUCGGCGACGGAACCAACAUCGUCCCCUGGACGGCGCUGGAGGACGUCGGCCGCGCCACCGCGCGGGUGCUUCUCCGGCCUGAGGAGACGGUCAAUCGGGUUGUCUAUGUGCAUUCGGCUUAUCUGUCUCAGCGGGAGCUUCUGGGUGUCGCGAAGGGGGUGCUGGGGGAGGAGGGGUGGGGGGUGGUUGCUUGGGAGGAUAUGCGGGUGCGGUUUGAUGCGGCGUUGGCGGAUUUGAGGGCUGGGAGGAUCAGUGAUGCGGUGUUUGAGGUGCAGAUUCGGUAUUGUAUUGCGGAUAGUGCGUUGGUGGGGCCGUGGCCAAGGGAUGAUAAUGCGCUUUUGGGCGUUAAGGAGUGGGAUUUGGGGAUGGUGGGGGGGUUGGUUGGGAGGAUUGCCGGUGUGGAUGCUUGA